CAAAGAGGGGUCCAUUGAAGUCUGGAAAUUGGCUGGAGCAGAAAGUCACGGGAUUUGAUCCAAACCCCCUCCAAAAGACUCUCCUGACACUACUAUUAAUACUUAUCUCCUUUGAAGAUAGUUCUUUUUCUUCCUAUAUGAAAAUCAAUAACCAGUCAUGGUGGAAAUGGAAGCUACCUCCUCUUCUGCUUCAAUGGCUUCCUCAUUGCAUGAACAAGAGAGACUGGACUUGAAAUCCAUUUGGGCAGUUGUCAUUUCAGUCAAUAGUUGCGUUCACAAACUCAUAUCAAAUGGCGAAGCUAGAAAUUCUAUACGUCUCAGAUGCACCUUCAAGUUUAGUGUUCAAAAAGAGGAAUUCUUCGAAUUUCCGGAGCAAUCUGUCAUAUCAAAUCUUUACUGGGGGAUUGACAGCAUUGAAGCCGCGAUUCGAGCAAAAUGUCCAGAACAAAAAGCCUCUCUGCUCAAGAAGGCAGAGCAAAUGCUGCAGGUUCCAGCGCUGCUCGAUGAGCAUGGAGUCACAGCAGGAUUUAAGAACUGCUGUUUGGUGUGCUGCUCAUACUUUUACCUCUCAGUGGUUAGGAAGCUCCAAGAGGAUGAGUGGCAGGUUGCACUGCAUUUCCUGCAGGCAGUUCUGGUGUUCCCAAGGCUUGUUCAAACAGAAUUUGCACCUGAACUUUGUGAACGGCUUUUCGCGUCAUGCACCACCAACUCUGGAAAACAAGAAACAAGAGAAAGUAGAAGCUUGGGAUCAAUUUUUUCGGCAGCUAACACAGAGGAUGACAAAGAUGAAGCAAUAAGGCUGAUGGCAAGGGUGUAUAGGGAUUGGCUGAUGUAUUAUCAGGUCAUGUUAUAUGGAGAGACAACUCAGUUGCACUGCGGAUACAGAGAAAUGUUUUCCCCUGAUAAUGAGUCACAAUAUUCUAUGCAUGGGAAAUCCAGCAGCUCAGGCUCUUCAAAUACAACGGAGCAUGAACAUAGCUUGCACCCUCACUGGAAUCAUCGAAAGGUGCACCCUUUUGAUCCUCAACAAGAUACUGGUGGUGGCAUGGAAGAAGAACUCAAGACUUCCAUCUACAUCCCAGAAUUUGAAGAAUAUGAGAAAACCACAAAAGAUUUGGAUCAAGCAACACAUUUUGAUGUUAACAAUUUCCUAGGCAGUUCAAGUAUCAAAAGACUCCAAGAGAUGCUGGAUGACUCCCAAUCAGAUAUGCGAACUUCAGUGGAUUCGUGCUCUGAAUUUUCUGCAUAUGACAAUGAGUCAGAGGUUAUGGAUGAUGGGGAAUGUUCAAUGACAACCACAAGAAUAAGUGCAGAUCUCCCCAAGUCAGAAAUUUGUGAUUGGAAGCUGCAGGAUUCAGUGCCUAAAGAAGCCCCUGAAGUAAAUCAUUCUAUGUUACUUGGCAGCAGAUGCCCAAUCAAUUUAACUUUAACUAUUUCAGAACAUAGAGAUAAAAAGCCAAACAUCCUUCGGAGUUGCUACGUAGAGAAUGAGUGUGCAUCUCAGAAGAACUAUAAGAUCAACCAGAUGGAUCACCAAAGAAGUAAUUCAAGGAGAAAACAGAAUUUGCAUACCCCAAAAAGCUUUCUUGAAGUAAGUUUAUAUUCUGCAAAAGAUUCCAAAAGUGAACUACUAGGUAUCACUGAAAAGGCAAUUUCAAAACUAUUGUACUUGGAAGGAUUAGGAAAAUGGGAUGAAGAUUGUGCUUUAGAAGUUACAACAAUAUAUGAACUAUUAGGCAAAAAGAAUGGAGAAAAAUGUGCUAUCUUGAAAGACAUGAUAUUGGAUCAACUGCUAGCAGGUAUUUCAACUUCAAAGGAGGAAAUGGUUAUAAGGGCAUCAGUGUCCAUACUAACCAGUAUUGUUGCAGCAAAUAAGUCAGCUAUAGAAGACAUCAAGAAGAAAGGUCUACAGCUGUCUGAUUUGGCAAGUGCUCUAAAAAGAAAUGUGCAUGAGGCAGCAAUACUGUUUUACUUGAUGAAUCCAUCUCCUGCAGAAAUCAAGAGUUUAGAAAUUUUACCGAUAUUGGCAGGGGUCAUGUGCAAUUCAAACAGUUACAUGGGUAGGUCAGAAUCUCUGCCAACACCUCUGACAGCAUCCCUGAUGAUUAUUGAAGUUUUAGUAACUGCAUUUGACCAUUGCACAAAUAACAUGCACUUGGCUGAAAUCAGUUCUCUAAAAGUUCUUCACGGGCUCAUAGAUGUUGCAAGAAUUAGUAACAUUGAAGAAUCGAUCUCUUGGGCUACUGUUCUUGUAAAAUGCAUACAAUAUGAUGGACAUUGCAGAAGAUACAUAUCAAAACAAGCUCCUGUCGCUCCAUUUGUCCAUCUCCUAGAGAGUAACAAGAAGCAUGCCAAGUUGAUAGCACUGGAAUUUUUCCAUGAGGUUCUUUGCAUGCCAAGGUCAUCGGCUAUUAUCUUUUUGAAGAGGCUACACCAAGAAGGAAGCACCAACAUUAUGAACUCACUCAUGCUGUGUGUCCAACAAAUGCAACCUCAAUACCAACUUUUGGCAGCAAAUUUGCUGCUUCAUUUAGAUACACUGGAUAACACCACUUGUAAGAGUGUAUUCAGAGACGAAGCAAUGCAGGUUAUCCUCAAGUCAGUGGCAUCUGAAGAAGGUUCUGAUACACAGCUUUUAUCUGCAUUCAUUGUAUCGAAUCUUGGUGGAACAUAUUCUUGGACAGGGGAGCCAUACACUAUAGCAUGGUUGGUUAAAAAAGCAUGUUUGACUUCCUCGUAUCAACGUAAUAUGAUAAAAAACAUUUAUUGGUUGGAUGAUUGCUUAGAGGAUGCUGGAACAGACUCAUGGUGCAGCAAAAUUGCCAGAAGCCUCAUUAAUAUUGGGAAUCCUGUCUUCCAUUCUUUAGAGAAGGGUCUAAAGAGCAAGCUAAGAAGGGUUUCUAGGGACUGUCUAACAGCCAUUGCGUGGCUUGGAUUUGAAAUUGCAAAGAGUCCAGAAAGCAUUAAAUUUUCUGCCUGUGAGAUCUUACUUAGUGGAGUCGAGGAAUUUUUGCAUCCUGGAAUGGAGCUAGAAGAAAGAGUUCUAGCAUGUCUCUGCAUAUAUAACUAUGCUUCUGGCAAAGGGAUGAAAAAAUUAAUUCAUUUCUCGGAAGGAGUGCGAGAAUCACUAAGACGAUUGUCAACUGUAACAUGGAUGGCAGAGGAGUUACAUAAAGUAGCUGACUAUGUUCUACCAACCUUAUCACAGCGUAUCUCGUGUGUUCACACACAAAUCCUUGAGGUUUUUAUCACUUGCAGUGGAGCUGUGUGUGCCCUCAUCUAUUACAAGGGAUUUCUUUACAGUGGACACUCAGAUGGUUCUAUCAAGGUCUGGAACAUCAAGGGGCAAUCAGCCACCCUUGUAUGGGACAUGAAGGAGCACAAAAAGGCGGUUACAUGCUUUUCACUUUUUGAACCAGGAGACAGCCUUAUAAGUGGAUCACUGGACAAAACCAUCAGGGUAUGGCAAGUGGUUCACAGGAAAUUGGAGUGCAUUGAAGUAAUUGCAACAAAGGAACCAAUUCAGCACCUAAAUACAUACGGCCAAACAAUAUUUGCAACUACUAAUGGCCAUGGGAUUAAGGUGUUUGAUGCAUCAAGAAAGGUCAAGGAUAAUUGCAAGAAUAAAAGGGUGAAGUGUCUGGCAGUGGUUCAGGGGAAGAUUUAUGCAGGGUGCAAGGAUUCAAGCAUACAGGAGUUUUCAACUACGAACAACCGGGCCCAAGAGAUCAAAGCAGCGACCAAAUUUUGGAAGCUGCAAAAGAAGCCCAUUAAUGCAAUUGUCACAUAUAAAGAUUGGCUUUACAGUGCAAGUUCAGUUGUGGAAGGUUCAAAUUUGAAGGAAUGGAGAAGACACAGCAAACCCCAAAUGUCGCUAAAAACCGGCAAAAGAGAAUGUAUAAUGGCAAUGGGAAUAGUUGAAGACUUCAUAUACCUCAACUGCAGCUCAGCAACAAACAGCAUUCAGAUAUGGUUAAGAGGGACUCAGCAGAAAGUGGGCAGAAUUUCAGCAGGAAGCAGAAUUACCAGCCUCCUCACUGCCAAUGACAUUAUCCUAUGUGGUACCGAGACGGGUCUGAUCAAGGGUUGGAUCCCCCUAUAGCAUGAAAUACAUCAGCCAGCACGUCUGUGACAGCAAAGAAGGAUGAUGCUUCAUAUUUAUGCCGUAUUUUCAAAUACAGUUGCAUGUAAAGAGCUAUGUUGCGCCAUUGGUUGCUAAGUAUGUAAUAUGCGAUAUCAUUGUUUGUGCAUCGUAUUUUGUAUUCAACAUGUGUAAAGAAAAUGGUGGUUGAUUUACCCAUAAAUAGUGAUAAAUAAGAUGAACAAUAGUCAUCAAAUUUGAUGUGCUAAGAAUGUAAAA